GAUGUCAAAUAGGCGUCUAUCAGGGAUGUCUUCAGUAGCUGUAGUUAACAAUUACAACUCUUGCACAGGAAGACGGGAGAGGAAGUGUACGGCCUGACGGUUCCGCUCGUCACCACCUCGAUGGGCGAUAAACUGGGGAAGACGGCUGGCAACGCUGUGUGGCUGAACAGAGACAAAACCUCCCCCUUUGAAUUCUACCAGUACUUCCUCCGCUUGCCAGAUAACAGUGUGGAGCGCUACCUGAAGCUCUUCACCUUCCUGUCUCUGGCUGAGGUGGAGAAGGUGAUGGAGCAGCAGAAGCAGGAUCCGGGCAAACGCAUCGCCCACAAACGCCUGGCCGCUGAAGUCACCAAGCUGGUCCACGGGAAAGAGGGCUUAGAAAGCGCCAAAAGGUGCACCAAUGCUCUGUACCACGGUAAUAUUCAGGCUCUGGAGCAGAUGAGUGACACUGAACUCCAGGAGCUUUUCCAAGAGGCUCCGUAUCAGAUGAUCAAGGACGGUGGCGUUCGGAUCAACCACCAGAGGGCAGCAAACCCCGAGCAAGUUCUGGUUCUGGGUCAACACAUCCUCUCUAAUGGACUCAGCCUGAUCAGAUUUGGCUUCUGA